AUAUAUUUGAUGAUAUUUUGUAACUGUUUGGAGAAAAUGUUGAAAUCUGGAUGAGCAUAAUGCUGUCCAUAAAAGCAAACGGGCUGUUUUUCACCGGAUAAAAUAUUAAAUGUGGUCUACUGUGUUCACUUGGCCGGUUAGCUCAGUUGGUUAGAGCGUCGUGCUAAUAACGCGAAGGUCGCGGGUUCGAUACCCGUACUGGCCAUAACCCUUUUGACUGUUGAAUAGGUUGUGUUUGUGUUACUCGUCUCUGGAUGAAGUUGGACUUGUUCUAUUCUACUCUAUUGGUCCCAUAUGAUAUAGGGCUAUUCUAUAGUGGUUGAACCUGAACGGGCCCAACCAUGGCCAUGUUAAGUGAAGCCGCUAUGUGGUACUAUUGCUCCCCUUACAGAGGCCUGAUACAAAGGACACCAGCUGAGUUAUAGUGCAGUUACGAGUUCCUGGAGGGACUACAGUGCUCAUUUUAUGGUCUUCAAUGGAAGUCUGCCACUUUUUUUUUUUUUACAACGUAACGCAGUGUUAGCCGUCAGUCAGUCGAGCCGAUAUGGCGACCAGGAAGAAUCUCCGUUUUAGAGCCGCGUCUCCUUUCUGAAACUUUCACAUGCUUCAAAUCAGCGCAGUUGGAUCGUAAAGGAAUUACACCUCGCGGUCAACACACUGUUGGAACAUAUACACGCGGACAAUCUCUCCCAAUCUGAAGGAAAGGGUGUGUGAGGGUAGUAGAGAGGCUGAUUCUGCUGACUGAGGCACCAUGGUGGAACCAGGGGACAGGGCGGUGGCUGGCCAGAGGCUGGGGAUCCCAGAGAGUUUAGGGCUGUCUACCCUGGAACCAGGCCAGCGACUCCCAACCACUCCCCCAGGACGACAGGUCUCCAUCCGGGUACAGCUGCUGGACGACGUCACGGAGGUCUUCGACAUAUCACAACGUGCCCCAGCCAAGGCUCUGUUUGACCUGGUGUGUGUCCAUCUGAACCUGGCUGAAAGAGACUACUUCGGUCUACAGUACCAGAACCCCAGGAGGAUGAUGGUCUGGUUGGACCUGCUGAAGCCCACCCUGAAACAGAUCAGACGCCCUAAGAACACCAUCCUUCGUUUUGUGGUGAAGUUCUUCCCCCCUGACCACACACAGCUGCUGGAGGAGCUGACACGGUACCUGUUUGCUCUCCAGAUAAAGCAUGAUCUGGCGUGUGGACGUCUGACAUGCAGCGACACUAGUGCUGCUCUGCUUGUCUCACAUAUCGUCCAGUCUGAGAUUGGGGACUUUGACGAGGUCCAGAGUUUUCAGCACCUUCUUCACAACAAGUACAUGCCUAACCAGGACGCCUUGAUGGACAAGAUCACAGAAUACCACCACAAGCAUGUAGGCCAGACCCCAGCCCAGUCAGACUAUCAGCUCUUGGAGACGGCCCGACGGUUGGAGAUGUACGGAGUCAGACUCCACCCUGCUAAGGACCGAGAGGGGACCAAGCUCAGUCUGGCUGUGUCUCAUAUUGGACUGCUCGUGUUUCAGGGACACACUAAGAUCAAUGCUUUUAACUGGUCUAAAGUCCGCAAGCUCAGCUUCAAGAGGAAACGUUUUCUCAUCAAACUCAGACCAGACCUCAAUCAGAGUGCAUACCAGGACACUCUGGAGUUUGUGAUGGCCAGUAGAGACUGCUGUAAAAUCUACUGGAAAAUAUGUGUGGAGUACCACGCCUUCUUCAGACUGUUUGAGGAACCCAAGCCCAAAGCCAAAGCUGUUCUCUUCACCAGGGGGUCCUCCUUCAGGUUUAGCGGUCGGACACAGAAGCAGGUGUUUGAUUACGUCAAGGACUCAGCGUUCCAAAAGGUCCCUUUUGAAAGGAAACACAGUAAGAAGGUGUCUGGCAGCAGCCUGACAGCCCAGGACAGAAAGACAUCCACAGUGCCACAAGAGAGUGUCUCGGUGGACCAGACAGACUCUCCUCUCAGGUUGACCCUCCAGGCCCCGGUGGACGACCCUACAGUAACCGACGGCCACCAGGCUGGACCGGGGGGACCAGAGGGCCAGGUCCUACCCUCCUCCACCAGACACACAGAGCAGCAGAUCUCAGGUGUGAUCUCCGUCAGCUCUGAUCUCUCUGACUCCCCAUUGGCCAGUCCUCCAGUGGUGGUGAAGGGGCAGAAAGCCUUUCCCUUCGGCCCGGGUCAGAGCCUCAACGGGCACCAGCCCUCGCCCAUCAACGCCCAUUCCUCCCCUCUCUCAUCCCCACUGUUCACCGACGCUGGCUACGUCCGCACGGAUGACGAAGACGAGGUUCGGAGGAAGAAGUUCCCGACUGACAAGGCCUACUUCAUCGCCAAGGAGCUUCUCACCACGGAGAGAACCUUUCAGAAGGACCUGGCAGUUAUAACCGUGUCGUUCCAGGCUGUGCUGGGUAAACAGGAAGUCCUGCCAGACUCCGUGAGGACUCUGAUCAACACCACCUAUAAUCCCGUCUAUCAGUUCCACCAGGCCUUCCUCAAGGAGGUGGAGCAGAGGCUGCAGCAAUGGGAGGGGCGGUCCAACGCCCACAUUAAAGGAGACUACCAGCGUGUCGGUGACGUCAUGCUGAAGAACAUUCAGGGGUUAAAGCAGCAGUUGACGUCCCUCCUGCAGCGUCACGGUGAGGUGUUGGUUGAGUUGGAGCGUUCGUGCCGUGCGUCCCAGCGGCUGGAGGAGGUGUGUCGAGAGUUUGAGCAGCGGAAGGUGUGUUACCUGUCCCUCAACAUGUUCCUGCUGCGCCCCCUGCAUCGCCUGCUGCACUACAAACUGAUUCUGGAGAGACUGUGUAAACACUACCCCCCCACACACCAAGACUUCAGAGACAGCAGAGCUGCCCUAGCUGAUAUAUCAGAGAUGGUGCUGCAGCUUCAGGGAACCAUGAUGAAGAUGGAGAACAUCCAGAAGCUUCUAGAACUGAAGAAAGAUCUGACAGGGAUCCAGGACCUGGUUAUACCGGGCAGGGAGUUUAUCAGACUGGGCUGUCUCAGUAAGCUCUCAGGGAAAGGACUACAGCAGAGAAUGUUCUUCCUGUUCAGUGAUUCCCUGGUGUACACCAGCAGAGGUAUGACAGCAGACAACCAGUUCAAAGUUCACGGCCAGCUGCCUCUCUACGGCAUGACAAUCAGGGAGAGUGAGGAUGAGUGGGGAGUUCCUCAUUCCUUCACUCUGUUUGGUCAGCGCCAGUCUGUCGUCGUGGCAGCAAGUUGUGUAUCAGAGAUGGUGAAAUGGAUGGAGGACAUCAGGAUGGCUGUAGCCCUGGUAGAGCAGAGUAACAGACCUACUGAUCUACUGUUCACCAGUCGAUCAGACCGCAGUAAGUCAUAGUACCUGACCCCUGACCCCUAGUCCUGGUAGAGCAGAGUAACAGACCUACUGAUCUACUGUUCACCAGUCGAUCAGACCGCAAGUCUCCAGAGGAGGGCGGUGUGGAGGCGGAGUCAGAGGAGGAGCUGCUGAGUGCGUCUCGUAGCUCAUUGGAGCGUCAG